AUGAUGAACAAAAACAACAAGCCAUGGCUGCCUCAGACAGCAGCUCCAGAAAUCGUCUUUUACAAUGCCAACAUCGUUGAUGUUGAAGCCGGAGAAAUCAUUCCAAAUGCUACAGUUCAUAUGAACAACGGUCGUAUCGUUGGUGUGGCUACAGAUGCAGAGCCACCCACCGGGCCACAUGCCGUGGAUUUGAACGGGCAGUACAUCUGCCCGGGCUUGAUAGAUUGCCACGUGCAUCUCUCUGCGACACCCGGUUCAUCAUCUCUAAAGGAAAUUUUCUCCGCAAGCCCCAACAGCAUCGCAUACCGCACGGCAUUUGUGGCACGUGAAAUGCUUCUCCGAGGAUUCACCACAGCCCGUGACACAGGUGGUGCUGAUUAUGCCCUCCGCGAAGCAAUAGCGGAAGGCUUGAUCAUGGGCCCACGACUCUUCAUAGCGGGUAAAGCCCUUUCACAAACCGGUGGACAUGGAGACUUCCGAGCGAAUUACCAGGGAGACGAGUUCAAAUGUUGUGGUGGACACUCGGUCUAUCUAGCCCGGGUUUGCAAUGGUGUCUCCGAGUGCCUGAAUGCCGCUCGCGAUGAGCUCAGACAGGGAGCAGACUUUAUCAAGAUCAUGUGUGGAGGUGGUGUGGCAUCGCCGUCUGAUGCCCUUGAUAUGGUCCAGUUCACUGCAGAGGAAAUUCAGGCCAUUACAACAACUGCCAGGCAGUCUAAAACAUAUGUUACAGCCCACGCAUACAGCGUGGAGGCUAUUCGUCAUGCAGUCGAUAAUGGAGUUCGAGGAAUCGAGCAUGGGAAUUUCAUUGAUGAGGAGACCGCGGCCUAUUGCGCAAAGUUGGGCGUGGUCUUUACUCCGACUUUGGUCACCUACCAUGGCAUGUCUCGACCUCCAUUCGAUAAGUUUUUGGACGAUGUCAGCCAGGUCAAGAAUCGUCAAGUGUUAGCUUCCGGCUUAGAUGCUUUGCUCAUUCUGCAGAAGGUUGGAGCGACGAUCUGCUAUGGAUCAGACCUUUUAGCUGGCUUGCACCCUCUUCAAAACCAAGAGUUCUCGAUCAGAUCUGGCGUGUUAAGUGCAAAGGAUAUUUUGCAGUCGGCUACUAUCAAUGCCGCACGAUAUUUGGGGAUGGAGGAUCAACUCGGAAGCAUCAAGAAAGGAAGUAUUGCCGAUAUGCUCAUACUGACAUCUAAUCCACUUGAAGAUAUCACUAUUUUGGAUCACAUAAAAGAAAACCUGGUAGCUAUUUUGAAAGAUGGACGUGUUGUUUCUACAAGAUCAACCUGGCUUUCGGUUGAUCCUUUAUAUGACCCUUGCCACAUCCAAGCUCAGUGA